UUCCUUGGUCUUCGCGACGUUCACGACGGCCCAAGUGGCCUCGAGGAUCGCCCCAAGACCUUACAAGAGGCCUCAAGACGGCCCAACACGGCCCAAGAGGACUCUUCCGUAGCCAUUCUGUUUCAAGGCAUUUGCCAAUCCACACAUCAAUUUAUCUAUAACCACUUGUCAUUCCUACGUGCCUUCUUUCGUUCAGCCUGCAAGGAUGCCAGCGACUGGGAAGGCGCAAAGUAUUGCAGGUGUGUUGGCGAUUUUCUUGCAGGGAGUCCCCACCGCGACUUCCAUGGCUAUGAACGUGGAAGAUGGCGUCCAUCGCGACGUCUUCCAGCACAACACCUCGCGCACGAUUGCCUAUAUGCAGUCAGCUUUUCAGUAUUACCUGGCAUUGGACAUUACGGCCCAGAGCAACGAAUUCUUGUACGACGGCGCCGCAUGGGAACAGACCGCUCCAUACACAGAUCCCUCGGGAAACAGGGUGCUGGCGCCCUUCUUCAGUACCGAUGCUGUUGGCGUAAGAGUCGAGAUGAACGGACAGAGCCAUGACUUCUUUCUCGAGAACUCGGACUUGGGUAAGUCCUUGCACACGCUUGUCACAGGGACCCCUGUGUUGCAAACCCCGUGUUCAGGUGCCAAUUCUAACAAGCCUUACGCUUACGCUAUGGUGCAAACCUCGACUGCGCAUUCGGACUUGUGGGGCGUUGUUGCCACUAACUCUCUUGAGCCGUUUUAUUGUACUAAUGUUGACAGGUUGAGUUUCAACGCGCACAGGAUGUCGGUGAAAUUUCGUAUCGGAAUUCUGCGCGAUGAAGAAGCGUGCUGUUGUUGCCCUGGAUCAGCCGACGGUAUUGGGAUUCACUCUGUGUCAAGUGGAGUGCACGAGCAUGGAAGCAACAGUGUGUUCUACGCUUCCAAGGUAUACGUGAUCACACAGAUAACGCCGAGCCUGGCUGAUGUGCACGUCGAUUUAUCUGGUGGCAAUGGUGGCGCGUCUGGCCAGUCUGUAUACACAGCUCCAGACGGGACAGUCGUAUCGUCGUCGGCCCCCACGUACACCAAUUCGAAUUAUUAUUAUUUGGGGUACCUAUUCGACGGAAGUGAUUCUCACGAACCAUCUGGAUGCAGCAGCAAUGAUGUACACACUUGCUAUUGGGUAACGGAUAACGGUCAGACUGCUGCUAUCCAGACACUGAGCAUUACCCUGAGCGAGGUCAAGUUUAUCAGUCGCAUACGCGUGCACAUGCCAGCAUUAAUUGAGCGCCGAAGCAACUACCGCAUCGAGGUUGCGUCAACUGAGCUUGGUACGCUCAACGACCGCUCUGGAGGCUAUGUCGACGUUUCUGGAUGGACGGAAGACUUGCUGGACACCUACAUCAUGGAAGAGGUCAAAGUUGUGCAGAUCUCUUUACAGCCACACUAUUUUUACAGCAAGUACUCUGCCUUCCUCGACGAAGUUGAGCUUUUCGAGAUCCCACCGACUCCAUCGCCAACAUCGGCUCUGAUCUGGGCGAUUGGGAGCUGCGGGCAGAGCUGCGACAGCGUGUGCUCGGGGAUGGGUGGGACGUGCGACUCAGCUGCUAAUGCUCAGAUCAGGUCCUGCCAGUCUUUCUUGGGCACGUUGGCUUCCGCAGGUAUCACGUGGCAUACAACUUUGUCUUGCAACGGCGACGGCGGGGGGUCGUACGAAGGGAUGCCCGCACUGAGCGAUACUGGAGGUGUUACGUGGUGGACCGGCGGGUCCAAUACAUUUUGUAAUUCAGUCAGAUUUGAUGUACAUCGCCCAAUGUGUUCGUGCACAGGAGCCAGUGUGGCGCCUCCGACCUCUUAUUCUCCUUGCUACCCGACCCCCUACCCGACUGCCUACCCGUCGCCCUUCCCGACCCUUUACCCGACUGCCUACCCGUCGCCCUUCCCGACUGCCUACCCGUCGCCCUUCCCGACCCUUUACCCGACUGCCUACCCGUCGCCUUUCCCGACUGCCUACCCGUCGCCCUUCCCGACCCUUUACCCGACUGCCUACCCGUCGCCUUUCCCGACUGCCUACCCGUCGCCUUUCCCGACCCUUUACCCGACUGCCUACCCGUCGCCCUUCCCGACGUCCUUCCCGACACCCAGCCCGACGCACCUUCCGACGCCCAAUCCGACAAGCAAUCCGACGAGUAGCCCGACCUCGUCCCCGACUCCGAGCCCGACGCAGGUGGUGGCGCCACCGCCCACGGGCAUGACGGUCGCGGGCGUCGGCGAUCCGCACCUCGUCAACACGUACGGCCAGAAGUUCGACCUCUUCCAGGCUGGGCACCACACGCUGAUCAAAAUCCCCAGGUGGGCGCGGCAGCGGACCAAUUUCCUUGUGCAGGCGAUCGCGAGUCGUGCCGGAGCUGGCUGCGCCGACUUGUAUUUCACGGAGGUCAACAUCAGUGGCAGUUGGACUCGGCGUCACAGGGCGGCGGACCUGCGCUGGGCUGCCGAGGUCGCCAGGCCAGGCAAGGCGAAGUGGAUGAAGUUCCAUGGCGGAAUCAGCGUCAAGAUCGUCCACGGCCACACGGUGCAGAGCACGAGGUAUCUCAACAUCCUCGUGAAGGGGCUGGGCAGGGUGGAAGGGCCAGUGGGCGGACUCCUCGGCGGGGACGACCACACAGCGGCCGCCACUCCAGACAAGGGCUGCAAGAAGCUUGUGAGCCUAUGAACCAGGCAGUCGGGUAGUUUUUGUUACGUCUCUCGCAUGCAGGCCAUAUGGCCGGUGCUUGGGCGCGGAGGCGCGGUGUUCGCGCAGCGCACCAGUAGAUAAUACAUCCGUGUGCUGCAGAUCCUGGAGAGGGGGGCGGACGACGCUGAUGACGACGACGACGAGAGAGAACAAUGAC